AAGCAUAAUGACAUUUAUGAGGAAGCUGAGGCACAGAGAGAAAAUCAUCAAAACACAAUAAUACAGGAGGUGGUACAACUGGGAUCUCCUUCAUCCCCGGGCAGGCUGACUCCAGAGCCCACCCCCUGAACCGCUGCACCAGACUGGCCCAUCCACAAGGCGAUUGAUGGGACUUGCAUGCCCCAAGACUGUUUAAUCCUGUUGGAGAAUACAUUCGCCCUGGUUCUCCUGAUUCUGGCAAGUCUAAUCUCACCAUCCAUGAAUUGCUAAGCAGGCACGCUUAAGGAUUAUUUUUUAAGAAAGGUCUGAAAGAUGAGUCGUGGAUACCCCGAGAACAACAAUUUCCUGAACAAUAACAACCAAAUGGUGUUGGACAUGAUCCUUUAUCCGCUAAUUGGAGUCCCUCAGACCAUCAACUGGGAAACCGUAGCAAGGCUGGUGCCUGGAUUAACACCCAAAGAGUGUGCGAAAAGAUUUGAUGAGCUGAAGAGCAGUGGAAGCUCACCUGUGGACAACCAGUAUAAUGCUCUCAUGGCUACGGGCGAGAGUCCUGUGGAAACAUUAGCCACAUAUAUCAAAGCCUCGCUUCUUGAUACACACGGAGACCUUCAGGAGGCUCCUGGGAGUCAGGAUGCAGGGUCCAAAACAGGAAGACAUAGUAUAGCUUCCACACGGAAUUGUUCUUCAGACAGUGAAAAUGGUACUACUCACAAUGGUGGAGAAGAGCCGGAAGAAUCUGAAGGGCCAAAUAUGGUGAUCCAUGUAUGUGAUGAAGCCAAAAAUUUGAAAGAAGAUUUUACUUGCCCACGAGAUCUUUUGAUAUCAGAAAUGAAGUACUUUGCUGAAUAUUUAUCUAUGGAUGCCCAGCGCUGGGAAGAGGUGGACAUUUCGGUCCACUGUGAUGUUCACAUCUUCAACUGGUUGAUAAACUAUGUUAAAAGGAACACUAAGGAGAAUAAAGAGUGUGAGAGGCCCACUUUAGAGCCAGGAAAUGUCGUUUCUAUUCUUAUUUCCUCGGAGUUUCUGAAAAUGGAUUCAUUGGUUGAACAGUGUAUUCAAUAUUGCCACCAAAACAUGGACGCCAUCGUCGCCACGCCGUGCAAUAUGAACUGCGUUAACGCAAAUCUUCUCACUCGGAUAGCCGAUCUGUUCACACACAAUGAAGUGGAGGAUUUAAAGGACAAGAAAGAUAAGUUUAGGAGUAAACUGUUCUGUAAGAAGAUUGAGAGGCUCUUUGAUCCCGAGUACUUGAACCCGGAUUCUCGCGGUAACGCAGCCACCUUAUAUCGAUGCUAUUUAUGUAAGAAACUUUUAACAAAGGAAACAGAAAGAAGAAUUCCUUGCAUUCCUGGAAAAAUCAAUGUGGAUCAACAUGGAAAUAUUAUCUAUAUUCACCUAAGAGACAAGACUUGGGAUGUUCACGAGUAUUUGAACAGCUUCUUUGAAGAAUUAAAGUCUUGGAGAGAUGUGUACUGGCGCUUGUGGGGAACGGUCAACUGGCUGACUUGUUCAAGAUGCUGUCAAACCUUUCUCUGUACGGAGUUCUCGCACUGUCAGUACCACUCGGAAGCAGUGGUGUACCCUCCGACCACGAGCUCCCAGAGUGCCAUGGGCACUGGGCUCUACCCCUGCUGUAACCAAAAGGUGCUACGGUUUGAUCCCAGUCAGCUUACCAAGGGCUGUAAAGUGAGGGACCACCUGGUCACCCGUUGCCAUCCAGCUGAAAGUGAGGACGUGCAGUCCUUCCCAACAACGAGAAUUCUGGACGACCUGAUCAGUCACAAAGAUGUCAUCGCUGUGCCUUUUUCCAAAGAUGCAAUUAGUGAGCCCGGGGUUGGCCAGUGUGAGGAAAAGGGUCUGGACUGUGAUGUGUCACUGGAGCCAAGCACACCGUGGGGCCCCAGGACCGGGGAGCUCAAUGCUUUUUUGUCGCUGAAAAACUGGACGCUGCAACUGAAACAGCAGUCGUUAUUUUCCGAAGAAGAAGAAUAUACCACUGGAUCUGAGGUCACUGAAGAUGAAGUUGGAGAUGAAGAAGAAGUGUCCAAAAAACAAAGGAAGAAGGAGAAGCCAAAGAAAUUCACUAAGCAGCCCAAAAAGCAGAUGUCCUCACCCUGUGCUCAGAAGCGAGAGAAGGCCCCGGAGAAGUCAGCUUCCAGAGACGCAUCUCCUUUCAUUGUGAGUAUUCAGAAAAACAAGUGGGAUGUCACCAGAUCUCUGCGAUUCAACCAGGAUGCUCAAAGGGAAGACGACCAGCGGCGGAUGUCUGAAAUUACAAGGCAUCUAAUAAAAAUGAGGCUGGGCGAUCUGGACCGGGUCAAGUCAAAGGAAGCGAAAGAAUUGGCAGGAGGGAUUUACUCCAGGCUGGAAGCACAAAUCAAGGCCUCCGUGCCCCCCAGCGGUCGGCAGAGCAGCACAGAGAAGAACACCAGGUCUAAAAGCCGUUUGGGCCCAGGGCGUCCCGUAUAGAGUGCCUUCUGGAUUCCACUAAAAAGACAGAUUCCUGGUCAUCGGAAGUGGCUGCCCUUCUUGGGAGACCUGCAGAAGAUCUUUCAGAUGUUUUAAGUUACUGAGUAUUCUUGUAAGCCACAUAGACCACAAUGUGAAGAGAAAUACAUAGUUAGGUCUUAAGAAAACUGUAAGUAAUCCACUUGAAAUCUCCAUUUCUUCUAGUGUUAUUCUAAGUGAUGUAGAAGAAGACAAUUAUUUUAAAUGUACCGUCUUCAGGCUCCCACAUUUGUUAUCCUUGAUUUAUUUAUUUGAACGAGACGAGGCCUAACCCUUAAGCUAAGGUUUCUAAAGAAGCUGAAAAAAACGUUAUUGGAACGCAGCUGUGGUGUUUUCUGUGCAUGUGCACUGGGUGUAGUGUGUCUCUUGGCCUGUACAUCUCAGGACAGCAACAAGGACUGUGAUUUGCUGGCAGUCCCCGGGAUGCUAAUUGUAAGUUUGCAUGACCAUUCAGGGAUGAUAGAUUCCAAGACUGCGUUAAAUAAAGUUUGAAGGUGAGGUAUUUCCUGUGUUGGGCAGAGGGUCCUUACCCCCACCCCACCCCCAGCAUUUGCAGAAAGCACAAUGUUAAACUCCACUUUUGAUUUCUGUCCCUUAAAUGCUUGUCUCUUUGUCAGUUAUCACCUUUCUUCUGUGAAGCUAGUGGCAGUCUGAGUUUGUUACAAUAACUGUUGGUAGUUUUAGAAAACUCCAUCACUUCAGUUGACACCAGCUGUACUUGUUCUCAGGGCCCAACCCCCAGCCAUAUUUCUACAGCCAUUCCAGUAGCCCCUGAAAGCCGUUUGAAUUACUCAUGACUUCAGAGCUGUCUAGGAGACAAUCCCAAAGAUCUUUGAUGGGUGAAAAAUUUCUCAAGAAAAAUCACAAUAAAAUUGUAUUCUGUAGAUCAUGUUUUAAUUUUUCUAACCAGGCAGAAAGCCUACUCAGGGAAAAUCUAUUCCAAACCAUCAAUAAACAUAUGAUAAAUUAUGUGUUUGGAAAUUACUUAGGUGUAGGUCUCUGAAAAAUGUUAAGAUGAAUCGUUUUUAUUUUUCAGCCUUCAUUUGCCGUCUAAUUGAAAACCUCCCAGUUGUUAAAUUCAAGGACAGGCUCACAGAAGUGUGUUGGAAUGGCAACUUCCGUAGGAAUGUUGAAGUGUCACACUUGAUUUAAACUAUUUUAAUCACUAUUUUUCGUGAAUCACUAUUUUAAGUGAAAAGUUUAGUUAAUAAAUAAAACUGGGUAUCAUUUGAUGUUGUAGGUAUAGAUUUACUUAAGUCUUUAACUUCUGUUUGGAAAUUUUCUUCCAGUUCAUAUAGUUUCCAGUUAUUUGAUGCUUAUGAAAUAGACUGACAGUUUUUUCUUUUCAAAAAAUGUUUUCUAGUACAUUGUUUAUACAUUCUGUUAAAUAACAGAAUCUUGUUGUAGUUGGCUAUGUUCUCUGAUGAAAAGGUUUGGGGUUUGAAUCUGUCCACAGGGCUCUGGUCACCACAACUUGAAGAGGAAAAGAUUUUUAACUGACAGUGAAAAAUAGAGCUGCUUCUCCCCUAGGGGAAUUGUACCACUGAAUUGAUUUUUUUCUCCCACAACCUGGAGUUUAUCAGAAUUUGUUUCUCUUUAGAAUGUGUUCCCCAGCUUAUUAAUAUAUCUAUAUUACCUAUCACAGGUACCACGGACACUUUAAUCAAACUGUUAAUAGUAUUUUUUUUUUUGCCAAAUACUUUGAGGUUUUACCUAAUGUCAAUUCUGAAUUCCCAGCUCUCUAAUUGAAAUAAAUGUUAAUGACAAAAGUUGUCCGAAAA